AUGGAAAUAUUUAAAAACUUUUGGAAACAAAUUCUAAUAAUAUUUUUAUUUUUUAAUAUUUUAAAUGCAAAAACAAUUUGUAGUCAUUCAAAAUCAUCAAUAAAAGUUUCUUUAUACAGUUUAAAAUAUCAAUUACCAUUAGAACAAUCAGAAAAUGGAGCACCAGUCUUUUUAGGUAGUUUAAGUACAAUUAUACAAAUUGAACAAUCUAUAAAUUUCUUAUGUGUUAAUGAAAAUUUAGCCAAAGAUAUUUAUAAUGUAAAAUUGUAUCAGGGUAGUUCAAUUAAGGAAGAUGGCAAUAAUAAAACUGAAAUUUAUUUAAAAAAAAGUUCUUUUACAGAGGAAGGUAUGAUAAUUUAUGAGCUUCAAAGACCACUUAUUUGUGGAAUUUAUCAUAUAAAAUUUGAAAAAUAUUGGGGUAACAUUAGUUUGGAUGAAAAAAAAGGUAUUUUUACAAAAAAAUCAAUUUUGAAUCAUUUUUUUGGAACAAAAAUAGAUACAAUUGAUGAAUAUUAUAUUCCUUUUCCUACAAUUGAUUCUUUAUCAACAAGACACUCUUUUGAGUUGGAAAUUGUACAUCCCCAAAAUACUACUGUUAUUUCAAAUUCUGAAUCAUUAUCUGAACAUACUAUUGGUACUGAAAAUAUAUGGAAAAAGACAAUAUUCAGGAAGACAAAUAAUAUACCACUUUCGUAUUUUGGAUUUUUUAUUUUACCCUCAGAAUAUAGGAAAAUUAAUUACAAUUUAAGUUACCCAAGUAUAUCAUUAUACUACAAUUGGGUAAAUACAAUACAAAAUGAAUUAAAUAAAAAGUCAAUAAAUGAAGAAAAAAUGAUUGAAAUAUUUAACCUUUUUAAAAUGGUUAAUUUUCAAUUUAGUGAUGAGAUUUUAAUUAAAAAUAUAAAUAUAAUUAAGGAUGAUAAUUUUCUCUUUAAUUCCAAUGAUAGUCUAAAUAACAUUUACAAUGGAAUUAUUGUUAAUGAUUUAAAAAAUGAUCGAGAAUUAAACUUAAAAAUUAUUUUAAAACAAUUUACUAUGAAUAUUUUAAGAUUUAAAUCUUUAAAUGAUUUAAAAGAAAAUAAUAAUGAUAAAAAUUUCAUUGAGAACAAUAUAAACAAUGUAAUCAUUGGUGAUGUCAUCAGAAAAAUAGGUGAAAAUGAUUAUGAAAAUUUUAAAAUGAAAAAAUAUUUAGAAAUAAGUUUAAAAGAUCAAUUGAAUUAUUUUCAAAAUUAUAGUAUGAUAUCAAUUGAUACCAAUUCAACUUUUGAAAAAACAAAUGUAUAUAAAAACUUGUUGAGUGUCACUAAUACAUUAUUAUCAUUAAAAAAAAUUAUUGGAGAAAGUAUUUUUUAUGAUAGAUUAAAGCAAUUUGUUGAGAUAUAUAAAUUUGAAGAUGUUGAUGAAGAAACUUUUUGGUCAAUGAUAACUAAGGGUCUUCGUAUUCCUGGUACUUGUUUUUGUGAUAUUUUAAAAAUUUUAAAAUACUCAAAAUCUGAUUUAAUUUUAAGAAUAGAAACUGACAAAGAAUCUCUCUUUUCUUUUAACUUUAUCAAUCCAAAUAAAGACAACAAUAACAAUACAAUACCAUUAUUUUUAAAUUUAUUAUCAAUAAAUGGUAAAAAUAAUACAAGAAAAGAAUUAAAACUACCAAUACAAUUGUUAACAAAAAAAAUUGCAAAUAUUGGGCAAUUUAAACGAAAUGAUGGUGAAGUAUUAUUUUUAAAUAAUUUAGAUUACAUGAAUAAUUACAGAACAUUUUAUGACUAUUUUUUAUGGGAGGAAAUAUUUUUUUUUAUGGAAAAAUAUCCUUCUAUAUUUAGGACAAGCGAAAAAAUUUAUCUAAUUGAAACAUUUUGUUAUCAGCUUUCUUAUGAUGGUAUUGAUAAUUACAAGAAUAUUUUAAAUGAUUUUAAAAAACAUCUAAAUAAACUUCCCAUUCAACCAAUUAAUUGUAUUAUACCAUCUCAAAAUAUUUAA